GCAGCCUUCUUUGAAUAAAAAGGGCCAAUUUUGGAGACUGGGAGAAAUCAUCUCUCACUAAAAUGAAAACAAAAGGGAUGAAUAUAUAGAUAAACAUAUACAUACAGAAUAUAGAGAGAGAAGAUAAAAAAUGGAGCUACAAAUCAUCCAUGUAAUCAAAUACUGGAUGCAAGGAGAAUUCACGAACUUCAUUAAGGUAUGGCUUUCAGUUUUUGCAUCACUUUUCUACUGUUAUUUUGUAUCCAAAAUUGUCCCAAAAGGUGUCUUAAGAUUCUUCACAAUUCUCCCUGUUCUUACUCUAAACCUAAUCCUCCCUCUCUCACUACAUACUCUGCAUCUUGGAGUUUCAUCAGCCUUUUUCUUAUGUUGGCUUUGCAAUUUUAAACUCAUUAUGCUUGCUUUUGGCAAAGGCCCUUUAUCAGAUCCUUCUCUUUCACUCUCAAGGUUUCUUGCACUUUCUUGUCUUCCCAUCAAAUUUCAAGAAAAAGAUAAAGAAACCCCUAAUUCGAAAACGUCGCGGAAAGGGCUUAAAUCUAUAUGGAAUUAUGCUUUUAAAGGUUUGUUAAUUGCUUUGUUUCUUAAAGUGUAUGAUUACAGUGAUUAUAUUCAUCCAAAGGUUAUAUGGGUUGUGUACAGUUUUCAUAUAUAUUUUGGGUUGGAAAUUAUAUUGGCUGUUUUCGGGGCUCGAGCCCUUAUUGGGAUUGAGCUUGAGCCACAAUUUGAUGAGCCUUAUCUAUCAACGUCAUUACAAGAAUUUUGGGGUCGAAGGUGGAAUAUAAUGGUGACACGUAUUUUACGACCUACAAUAUAUGACCCAAUCUUAAAUGCCAUGAGGCAAAUGAUAGGCAGGAAAUGGGCUCCUCUACCUGCAAUUUUGGGCACAUUUAUGAUUUCGGGGAUAAUGCACGAGUUAAUUUUCUUUUACAUGGGCCGUGAAAGGCCCGAUGGGGGAAUCACAUGGUUUUUCUUGCUGCAUGGUGUGAGUUUAAUGAUCGAGGUUGCAAUUAAGAAGGCGAUUAAUGGCAAAUGGUGUUUGCCCCGGAUAAUAACGGGCCCGUUAACCAUUGGAUUUGUGUUGGUUACGUCGUUUUGGCUAUUUUUUCCGGAAUUUUUACGAUAUUAUCCGAUGGAACGAGCAUUGGACGAGUAUGCAGCAAUGGGAGGAUUUGCAAAGGAUGUUUUACAAUGCCUUGACCGUUAAUCUUAAAAUACAUGAACAUCAAGAUUGACAUAAUGUCAAGUGUUGGUCAAUUUAAAAUGCAGUCAGUUUUUCAAUUCAAUUAUCUAUUUGCACAUGAAAUUAUGUCAAGCUUUCUAUUAAAUUCUUCUGGCAAA